AUCACUUUUGUCUGACGUCUGAUGGAACAUCCAACCAAUAAGAUUCGAGCAAAUUCACUUAGUUUGUCCAACCGUCGGUCGCGGGAGGAGGGGACUGUGCCUGUAGGACGAAGGAGAGAGUCGAAAUACCGAAAGUAAACGGUGUGUGAGCGGUCUUCUCCUCCUGCUUGACCUCUGUAGCAGCUUGGAAUUUGAACCCGUGGCAGCCAUAUUGGACAUCUUGGAGGAGACAGCUGACAGAGAGCAACCAUGCCGUACGCCAGUGAUAAACUCUACAAGGUCUAUGUGCGGAAGAAUAUGGCUCGCUUCGCAACCCUGGUGAAAGUGAGAGAGAUCCUUCCUCAUCUGUGCUGUCUGACACAAACUGACAGGGAGGAAGUGGAGGCGAAGCGGGAAAUGACGGGGAACUACAACGCCAUGCAGAUGCUGCUUGAUAACCUGAAGCGGCGGGAAAACUGGCCUGAGGAGUUCAUCAGGGCACUGGAGGAGUGUGAGCACGCUGACCUCGCUCAGGAGAUGAAAGAGGAAUACGAGAAACUGAAACCAUCCAGUAAUAAGAUGCCUCAGGCUGCUGUUAUGUCUGAUGACACCCCAGGGAGUGUAAUCCAGGCGCACGUGCACCCUCCUCCACCAGCUGUCAAUGUGCCAGACCAGCCACCAGCCCCUGCAUCCUCUCCCAACGUGGCUGAUGGAUCUGCAUCUGCCCCCCUCCCCAGUUCACCUGCCAAGGCUAGUCCCCCUCCCAGCAAGACCACAGAGCCUCCAUCCCCUCCUAAGGUGGCUCCUGAGGCUCUUGUCACCCCCGACAUCGCCCGCCAGCCGGCUCCACCUCCCAACAUGGCUGCCGAGGCUGAAUCAGUUCCAAGUACAGCAGCACCACCUGAAAACAUUCCAAAGGCAGUCGCUAAGGCAGAGAUCCUCCAGGCUGCAGACGUGAGCGUUACUCCCCAGCCUGAUAUCCCUGAUGGCCCCACGCACAGUGUCCCUCCUGCAGAAGUAUCUGAGUCCUCCAGCCCGCCUCCAGAUCCACAGCCCCCCACCCAGAAACCCACCCCGGAGCCCCCCGAGCCAUCAAAAGCUCCCAUACAGGAGAGCAGCGCCCCCAGCUGCAAAAUGAACCCACUCCUACAAGAACCAGAAGAAACAUCAGAUCCGACCAUGUACCAGGUCAGCAUACAGCAGCAGCCCACAGCACCAUCUGAAGAUGCUGAGAUCCAGCUACCACCACCUGAGACACAAAACAUCACCCUUCCUCUUCCUACUCCAAUCUCCAGUCCUGUGGUUGCCAUGAUACACCAGCCCCCUCCCUCACUGGUGGACAGUGACCUGGAGGAGGAGUUCUUCAGCAAGCCUGGAGUUCUACACAGUGUGGCUGAAGGUAGUUCCUUAUCUCAGGAGAUUGCCGCGGAGACUCAACCCCCUGAGCCUUGCUCACUCACCACUGAUGAUCUGGAGAUCAGCAGAGCUGCUGGUGACUCGGCCUCUGAGGUAAACUCAAGCUCUUCAGUUUCCUCCAGGGCCAAUGCAGAUGAAUGCCCUGAACCAGUCCUCCAGCCAGAUUCAGUUCCCAGUCUUACUGAAGCUAACCACACCCAAGAACCUGUGACUGUCAAAGAAAAUGGCAGUCCGUCCCAUCAGCCAAAUGGCCUCUUAGAUGACCUAGCCCCCUCUCCCCGUCACACCCCAACAGAAGACCACUAUGAAUCUGUGUGCAGCAGUUCCUUGAGUUCCCAGGAGCAAAGCACCCUGGUACAUGUAGUCCACGUUUCUCAAGAACCAUCAAUCCAGAAUCAAGAUGGGCAGGAACAAAGCACAAUGGAAAUUGUAGUCUCCAGUGAGGACACAUCCAUGGUCAACCACAGUGACAGCCAAAGUGAGGCAAGCCUGUCAGAGCAACAGCCAACCACCAACCACCAUAGCGUCUCACUAAGCAUUCUGGGACAUGAAGUCCAUUUGAGCCCAGAGAAAGAAGAGGCCUCGGGCACAGAGGAUACCAGCAACACAAAGACUGAGGUCAUCUUCGGGAGGAGAGAAAACGAAGCACAAGGACAAGAGGAAGGAGAGAGAAACGAAGAAGAGCAGAGAGAAAUGCCCUGGGCAGCCCUCUUACCCGCCAUUCAAAAUGUUCCUCUCAUUCCAGCAGCUGCUGCGGUUGGGGUCUGUGCCCUAUUCUUUGCCUGGAAACUGCGCAACUGAGGACAUCCAGCACCAAGCCUCAGGACCUCCCCCCUGAUAUAUCCCUAUAAUAUCUUACCAUUUUGCCUCACAUAAUAUUUUUAAUGAAUCCACACCACCACCUUUAUGGCCUUUUACAGAACUGUCCUCGUUCUAUCCCUAGUAAUCCGUUAUGAUGACAGUGCAAGCCAAUGACUGUUUCUGCAAAGGGAGAAGGGACACUUUUGCAUCUUAUGUACUUUCUCAUAGUACUCUGCAGCUCUAUUACUCCAUGUCAGUGCUUCAUCAAUCAUUGUCCUUCUGUUUAUUCUCCUACAUUUCACAUGUAUUCAAUAGUGAAACCCCAUGCACUGACCGAGUUAGACCUUGUGAUUGAUCAGCAUUCCUUCCUGCUUCAGCUAAAGGAAACUUACAUCUGAAGUUUUUGCAAAGAUGUAAGCCACCUUGUGAACUGACCUCCUUAAUGAAGUGUGUAUGAGUAUUUGUGUGUCUUCUCAAUGAAAGUCUUAGUCCAGAAAAGUUUAGUUGGUGUUGCUUCUGAUCUACAUUGGGAAUGUUAUUUCAGAAGAUUAUUUAAACAUAUAAGUUUAUAAUUUAUCAUUUUGAAUAUAUGCUUCAUAUUUAAAUAUAUUUUGUGUGUAUUAUCUUUGAAGAGCUCAUGGGGUAUUAACUCUGUUAAUGUCUUAACUUGUAAAAUAUCUGGAAUAUUUCCCCUUCCCAAGUACUUGGUGCAAUCAUGGAGUAAUUCUCAACCCUUCACAAAGUGCUCUUAUGUAUGUUAAGACUCGACACCGUAACCCUUCUGAGCCAGCAUAGUCCACACUGAUGUCAAUUAAUAAGCUGGUGUAGCGUGGUUAAAAGUGAAUUACUUAUUCAGAAAUAACUGUAAUAGGAUUGUCUGGAUUGUGGAUGGAUUGUUGUGGAUGGACUGUUGAACAGGGUCUCAGGUCUGGAAAUACUGUAUCUGAAUGGAAACCCAAAGCCCAGCCAUUUAUUUGUAUUUGUGCUGUGGGUGUAUAUGUGUAUGUGUGUGUCUGUGUGUGUGUGAGAGAGUGCGCAUCUGUCUGCGUCCUUGUUUGUGUCUGUGUGUAUGGGUGUGUAAUUUCAAACCAUGUCUGUGUGGUAAUUUAGUCCCAGAAGACAGCAGAAUUAUCCCAGUUUAUAAAUUGCAUGUAUGUACAUAUGUUGGGGUAAUAUAAGCAUUUUGAUGAUUUCAUAUUGGCAUUUUAAUAUUGUCAUGGAGCUAAUCAGAUGUGUGUCAUUUUAAGGUGAUAUGUUGUAUAUAUCACCAUGAGUAUUGUUUCCUCGAUUUUUUUUGUAACCAGAUUCAACGUAACCAUCUACUCUUGACCUCUAUUUGGAGCAAACACAAGCCUACCUACUUAAAGCAACACUGCAACAAUUUGCCACUUUUUUGCCACUACUUUUGGUAUCUUCUUCAUUCAUCUUCUUCAAUUCAUUUUGAUAGCAUAUGGUCGUCCAGGUUAUGCACUUCUGUGGUCCGGGACGCAACACCUACGAAAAGACGACAUUAUGACAUUGCCAAAAGACGGCAAUUGACAUGUUUGCAAGCUUUUAUCAGUGCCAACUGGACUGUUGGUGGUGUUUCCAAAGGUUUUGCAUGCUUUUUAGGUAGUUAGUGCGCUAGUUUUAGAUCAGAACUUCAUAGCACUUUAACUUAAAUGUUUGUCUGAAAUGAACCUUUUCUUGUCCAGUUGUUAUGAAAUGCGCUGUGUGUAAGAGUAUAUUUCAGUCAACCACAACCGACUUAAUGUGAUCCACUGACUACUGCAAAUCGAUGUCAACAAUAAAAGCUUGAUCUUAAUCACUGUUCACUUAC